AUUUGUGUCCCCACUGGGGGGCAAUUUACCCCUCCAGGGGCAUUUGGGACCCCCAGAGAUACCUCAUCCCUAGGGAUAUCUGCCCCCCCCGCCCCCCAUGGCAUUUGGAAUCUCCCCCCAGGGGCUUCUGAGAUCCCCAGGGUUAUCUGCUCCCCCCCAGCUACCUCACCCCCCCCCUUGGGGGCACUCUGACCCCACUGGGGGGUAUUUGGAUGGCAUCUGCCCCCCCUGCAGGGCAUUCGGAGCCCCCAAGUGUUUAUGUGACACCUCUAUAGCGGUAUCUGCCCCCCCCCACACACACACCCUGCCCCCCCCCAACCCACCCAUCUGGGCUCCCAUUGGGAGGUGUAUUCCGUCCCCCCACCCCUUAGGGGUGAGCUUUGAGGAUCGGGUUAUUUGGGGGCGGGGGGGGCUUGGGGUGAUGGGUUACAGGGGGGGGAGGACAACGGUAAGUAGGGGGGGAGGACACGUCGUGCCCCACGUGCCAGCAUCGAUCUGUGACCCACGGGCAAGGGUUGCACAGAGGCACCAAUGGGAGCCACCAGGAGAAAGCCACUGAGAGCCACCGGUGAGCACUGCUGUCCCUGUCCCCAUUUGUCCCCACUGUCCCCAUCCCCACUUAUCCCCCACGCACCCCAUUUGUCCCCCCAUGACCCUCAUUUGUCCCCAUUCACCCGUUGUCACCCAGGAGGAACUUUGUCCCCAGCAGUUCUGAGCACGUGGCAACGGGGACGUCGGUGCCAACCCAAUCCUGGGUGUCACCACCCACCCUCAGUGCCACCCCGUCUCCCCAUGGCGUCCCUUUGGGCCGUGCUGCUGCUGCUGCUGCCUCCGGGUUUGGCUCAGGAAUCGUUGCUCAACAUCUGCAUGGAUGCCCAGCAUCACAAAUCCAGUCCGGGUCCUGAAGGACUGCUCUAUGGGCAGUGCGCCCUAUGGAAGGACAACGCCUGCUGCACGGCCAACACCAGCAUGGAGGCACAUCGGGACCAGUCCUACCUGUAUGGCUUCAACUGGGACCACUGCGGGGCCAUGGCGCAGCGCUGCAAGAGGCAUUUCAUCCAGGACACGUGUCUGUACGAGUGCUCCCCAAACCUGGGGCCGUGGAUCGACCAGUCGGACUCGAGCUGGCGCCGUGAGCGCAUCCUAAACGUCCCGCUGUGCCGCGAGGACUGCGAGCAGUGGUGGGAGGACUGCCAGGACUCCGCCACCUGCAAGGUCAACUGGCACAAGGGCUGGAAUUGGACCACAGGUACCCAAACCCCCGACCCUAUAGAUGCCCGACGCCCCCCACCUCCCCGAAACCCACCUGUGUGCACGGCCCCCCGUCCCCCAGGCACCAACCAAUGCCCUCACGGUGCCAUGUGCCAGAAGUUCAAGUACGUCUUCCCAACUCCCGCCGAUCUCUGCGAGAAGGUUUGGUCCCAUUCCUACAAAUACACCACGGAGCGCCGGGGCAGCGGGCGAUGCAUCCAGAUGUGGUUCGACCCCAUAGAGGGCAACCCCAAUGUGGCCGUGGCACGGUAUUACGCCCUCGGUCCCGCUGCCAACCUCCAUCCCACACCCCUCGUCCUGCUGGCUCUGCUGGUCCCUGCCCUGCUGGGGGUCACGCCGUGGGGAUGAGGGUUGAGGGCUCCCGGUGAUGCUGU